ACCAAUUGACUGGCGGCCCCACCUUCGGCUCAGUUUGAACUCCGCGCGACUUAACGGCUCGCGAAGCGGAGACCCGAGCGAGGGCCUGGGCGUCUGCGGGUAAUUGUCCACGGUCCCGCGUGAGGGACCACGCUUGGAGCGUCCAUCAUGAGGAGAAGUGAGGUGCUGGCAGAGGAGUCCAUCGUAUGUCUCCAGAAAGCCCUAACUCGCCUUCGAGAAAUAUGGGAAUUAAUUGGGAUUCCAGAGGAGCAACGAUUACAAAGAACCGAAGUUGUGAAGAAGCACAUCAAGGAUCUUCUGGAUAGGAUGAUUGCUGAAGAGGAGAGCCUCAGGGAAAGGCUUCUCAAAAGCAUAUCCAUCUGCCAAAAAGAGCUGAGCACCCUAUGCAGUGAGUUACAAGUCAAGCCAUUUCAGGAAGAAGGAGAAACAACUGUCUUACAACUAGAAAAAGAUUUGCGCACUCAAGUAGAAUUGAUGAGAAGACAGAAAAGGGAAAGAAAGCAAGAGCUUAAGCUACUUCAAGAACAAGAUCAAGAACUGUGUGAAAUUCUUUGCAUGCCCCACUAUGACAUUGACAGCACCUCUGUUCCCACCUUAGAACAGCUGAACCUCUUCAGACAACAUGUGGCAACUUUGAGGGAAACAAAGGAAUCUAGGCAUGAACAAUUCGUCAGCAUUAAGAGACAAAUCAUACUGUGUAUGGAAGAAUUAGAACACACUCCAGACACGAGCUUUGAAAGAGAUGUGGUGUGUGAAGAUGAAAGUGCCUUUUGUUUAUCGUUGGAGAAUAUUGCAACACUACAGAAGUUGCUACAGCAGCUGGAAGUGAAAAAAUCACAAAAUGAAGCAGAGUGUGAGGGGCUCCGUGCUCAAAUCCGAGAGCUCUGGGACAGGUUACAAAUGCCUAAAGAAGAAAGAGACUCUACGGCCAUAAAUAUGACUGGAUCAAAAGCCAAAGUCAGGAAUGCGCUGCAAUUAGAAGUGGAUCGGUUGGAAGAACUGAAAAUGCAAAACAUAAAGAAAGUGAUUGAGGCAAUUCGUAUGGAGCUGGCUCAGUUCUGGGACCAGUGUUUUUAUAGCCAGGAGCAGAGACAAGCUUUUGCCCCUUACUAUACUGAGGACUACACAGAAAACCUGCUCCAUCUUCAUGAUACUGAGAUUGUACGGUUAAGAAACUAUUAUGAAGUUCACAAGGAGCUAUUUGAAGGUGUCCAGAAGUGGGAAGAGAGCUGGAAGCUUUUCCUAGAGUUUGAGAGAAAAGCUUCAGAUCCAAGUCGGUUUACAAACCGGGGAGGAAAUCUUCUAAAAGAAGAAAAGCAACGGGCAAAGCUCCAGAAAACACUCCCUAAGCUAGAAGAGGAGUUGAAAGCACGGAUUGAAAAGUGGGAACAAGAGCAAUCAAUGGCAUUUGUGGUGAAUGGGCAGAAAUUCAUGGAAUAUGUUGCAGAACAGUGGGAAUUACAUCGGUUGGAGAAAGAAAAAGCCAAACAGGAAAGACAACUAAAGAAUAAGAAGCAGAUGGAGACAGAGAUGCUGUAUGGCAGUACUCCCCGGACACCUAACAAGCGUCGAGGGCUGACUCCUACCACCCCCGGCAAAGUGCGCAAGUUGAACACUACCACCAUAUCCAGUGCUACACCCAAUAACAGCAUUCGACCUGUCUUUGGGGGAACAAUGUACCGCUCCCCUGUGUCUCGACUUCCUCCUUCUGGCAGCAAGUCAGUUGUCAAUUCUAUGUGUUCUGGAAAGAAAACACCUCGAUCUGCCCGGCUUGGGGCCAACAAGGAGAACAUGGAGCUCAAUGGCAGCAUCCUGAGCGGUGGGUACUCUGGCUCGACCCCCCUCCAGCACAACUGCAGCAUUAAUUCUGUUGCCAGCACCUAUUCUGAGUUUGCGAAGGAUCCAUCCCUCUCUGACAGCUCCAAUGUUGGGCUUCAGCGAGAACUUUCAAAGGCUUCCAAAUCUGAUGUUACUUCUCGAAUCCUCAAUUCAACCAACAUCCAAUCCUGAGAAUCCCUGACCAGUCAGUCAACUGUGGCUUCCUGUGCCUAGACUGUGCUUAGACUUAUAUUAUACAGGGUGACUUUAUAGUUUUUCUUCAGUUUAGGCAUGUUUGAAACCCUGGACAGGUUUGCUACCAUGAGCCUAUCUUAGACAUGAAUGAGUGUGACAGAUGAAAAUCCUUUAUAGGUAUAGUGGGUCUGUGGAACCCGUUUUUAUUUUUCACUCGAGAAAUACCUUAAAACUUAAUUUGUGUCAGUUAAGUAUGAAUUUUAACAUCUGGUACCGAAAUUCUUUCCUUACCCCAUUAUUCUACUUGAUGAAGAAUGAUCAAGGUUUUAUUUCACCUUUAUAUUGGAAAAUGAUUGACUGUGCCCAACCUUGGGGUAUGAGACAUGAAGUAAUUCUGACUUGUAGAUUUAUAAUUAGAAAUUAACAUCUUUUUGUGUAGGGAUAUUCAAUUAAUGCUAUAGCUAUGAUUACUUUGUUCUUAUCUAGAGGCCUGUCCCCAUCACUCAUCCUGAUGUAGAUGUCUUGUGGUUCAGCAUUU